CAGGUUGCUCAUCCUAAAACCCUAGCCCCCUCCCCCUCCGCUCGGCACCGCCAUGCUCGCCUGAACCUCUUCGCCUCGCCGGCCGGAGACCACCGAUUCCGACCUCGCGCAGAAGCUCCGAUCCCCUGCGCAUCCUUCGCUUCUCCGAAACGGAUCGAUCGGGAACCGUUCGCCAUCGGGCCCGGAGCAAUGCGAAACCUCAGGGCGCUGUCGCAACGUUGCCGUCCAUGGCGCGCCGACACGGUCUCGCGCUCCUUCGCCUCCGCGUCGACGCCGGCGGACGUCGACGCGGACCGGCUGUACGACGCGAUACGGAGCUUCUCGUCUCCGGACGAGCUGAAGCAGUACUUCAAGUCGAGCAGGAUAGUGCUGUCGAACGAGGUGGUCGACGGCGUGCUCAAGAGGUUCAGGUUCGGCCACGGGAACCCGCUGCAGGCGCUUGAGUUCUUCCGCCACGCGAGCCGCCGGCGAGGGUUCUACCACUCCGCGUUCUCCGCGGACACGAUGCUGUACGUCCUGGGGAGGAGCCGCAAGUUCGACCUGGUCUGGGAGGUCCUGACGGAGAUGAAGCGGACCGAUCGGUCGAUGAUCACGCCGCGGACUGUGAUGGUGGUCCUGGGCAGAAUCGCCAAGGUCUGCUCCGUGAGGCAGACCGUGGAGUCGUUUCGGAUGUUUAGGAAGUUCGUCCCUGAGUUCGAUACGACCUGCUUUAACGCGCUGUUGAGGACCUUGUGUCAGGAAAAGAGUAUGCAGGAUGCUAGGAAUGUUUACCACGCCCUGAAGCACGAUUUCCGGCCGAACUUGCAGACUUUAAAUAUACUUUUGUCAGGAUGGAAAUCUGCAGAAGAGGCCGAGAGUUUCUUCGAGGAAAUGAAGGAGAUGGGUGUGAAGCCUGAUGUUGUUUCGUAUAAUUGUUUAGUUGAUGUGUAUUGUAAAGGUAGAGAAAUGGACAAUGCAUAUAAGGUCGUCGAUAGAAUGAGGGAAGAAGAUAUCUCGCCUGAUGUGAUCACCUAUACUAGCAUUAUCGGUGGGCUGGGGCUAAUUGGUCAGCCAGAUAAAGCUAGAGAUGUUUUGAAGGAAAUGAAGGAGUAUGGUUGCUACCCAGAUGUCGCUGCAUAUAAUGCUGCUAUUAGAAAUUACUGUAUUGCGAAAAGGCUUGGCGAUGCGUAUAGCUUGCUGGAUGAGAUGGAGAGUAAGGGUUUAAGUCCAAAUGCUACGACAUACAAUCUGUUCUUUAGAGUUUUCUUUUGGUCGAAUGACUUGUGGCGUUCUGAUGGCUUGUAUCGGAGGAUGAUGGAUGCUGGAUGUCUUCCCAAUACACAGAGUUGUAUGUUUCUGGUUAAGUUGUGUAAGAGGCAGGAGAAUGUGGACUUUGCCUUAAAGCUAUGGAAUGACAUGAUCGAGAAAGGAUUUGGAUCUUACACAUUGGUAUCGGAUAUAUUACUUGAUUUGCUCUGUGAUUUGGGGAAGUUGGCGGAAGCUGAAAAGUGUUUCCUGCAGAUGGUAGAGAAAGGUCAAAAGCCAAGUCAUGUUUCCUUUAGGAGAAUUAAGGUCCUGAUGGAAUUGGCAAAUAGGUCUGAGGCCCUCCAGGACUUAUCAGAGAAGAUGAGAAUACUUCAGUCCUAAGAACAAUCUCCUGAGAAUUGCAAUUGAUCACCAGUGCUUGCCUUUGCAUGCUGAGAUUUGCUGCACCGUGUCAUUUACCUGAUUGUUGCAUCAAAAGCAGUGGCACCGGAUGCUUGAGGAAUUGACUUUGUGAAGCUUUUGAAAUUGCCUGUGCUCAGCUUCAAUGAUCUGGGAAAAGGUGGAGGAUUGACACACGAUGAAGAUGACAUGAUACAAGACCUUGGAACAGUCAUUCAUGCCAAGCUUGAUGCACGUGAGCUCAUAGAGAAGAUGACAUGAUAUGAGACCUUGGAACAGUCAUUCUUGCCAAGCUUGAUGGAUCUGUCUGGUAUUCGGCGAUUUUGUGAAACUCAUUCAUAGCUUUCUUAUGCCAAUAAAUGAUGUACUUACCGAAACAGAGCCACUAGUAGAUCUCGACUCUCAUGGUCAGGAAAUCCAUUUGCAGAUUGCUAGAUUUCUAAAUAUUCCAUCGAUUAUAAUUGUUAAAGCAUUGCACAAUUCUUUUGAAAUUUUGCCCAGAUAGGGACUGUUGAGGAGUUCAAACUAAUGUAAGGAAGGAUAUGAUGUCUUUCUUAUAGACGAAACUGGUAAUUUGGUGAAA